CUCUCUCCCCUCGCAGGGUGUUGUGGGAGGCACCUGACCUCUGGUCUCCGUGGUGAUGUUCGGGGGGUACGAGGACAGGGCGGAGCUAGAGGAUGAUCUGUACGGGGAGGAGUCAGAGGGGUCAGAGGUUGACGACAGCGAAUUAGAGUUCAGGCUCUACAGCCAGCUCCACUACUCCUCUAACCCCGGAGAGAGGGAGGAGGAGGAGGAAGAGGAGGAAGAGAAGCGCCUCUCCUCCAGCCACGGAGAGAAGGAGGGAGAUGGGUGCAAGGCCAAACGACGCCAGCCAUCCCAGUCACACGAUCAUGGUAACCGAGAUCUACGGCAACAACUGCUGGGGGACACAGAGCAGAAAAACCAAAAAGUCAAAGGGAAAACCCAACGGGGUACGAAACAGCAGAGAGGUCUCUCCAGAGGUGACCCCAAAGGUCAAAGGUCGUUCCAGGAGGUCAUAGUCAUCGACUUGAGUCACGACGACGUAAUCACGGUGUCAGACAACACAGAGGAAGAUGACGGGGUGUGUAGCGCGAAAGGUCAGAGGUCAAAGACAGGACCCCUGCAGGCCUCGACCCCGGCACCACAGAGAAACUCCGCCCCAAAGAGGAGGAGCUCCAGUGUGGACUCUGACACGGUGGUGGUGUUGGACUCAGAAUCCGGAGCGGAGUCCGGAUCGGAGUCCGGAUCGGAGUCUGAUUCUGACUGUCUGGAGAGCUGGAUGGUUCUAGGCAGCGGAAAACAAGAUGGAGACCAGAGCAUCAUACUGAACCUGGAGGGAGAAGGAGACGCUAUAGACGGUGAUGAUGAGGGUAGCUGGUUGAUAACUGACAAGGACAGAGGGGCUCAGAUCAUUAACCGGCGUGGGGGCGGUCCCCCAGUGAGGCGACUGGCUAACCGUUACUAUGUCGACAAGAACGUCACCUGCCACAGCUGCAACAAGACUGGACACCUCUCCAAGAACUGCCCUACGGCCAGGGAGCCGUGUUGCAUGUUGUGCGGGGAGCAGGGUCACAGGAUGUCAACGUGUCCCAGCAAGCAUUGCAACAACUGCGGUCUGCCCGGUCACAUGUAUGAGGCGUGUGUCGGACCCAACCUCCGCUACAAACAGUGUCACCGCUGUGGCGUGCACGGACACCUUAACGACGCCUGCCCAGAGAUAUGGAGACAGUACCACAUCACGACUAAGGCCGGUCCUGUAGUGAAGGGAGAAGGAUGGGACGACAACGCCACGACAACGCCAGGACAACGCCAGGACAACGCCACGACAACGCCACCCUACUGCUAUAACUGCUCUCUCAGAGGACACUUUGGAUUUGACUGCUCAGCGAGGAGGAUGUUUGGGGGGGUUCUCCCCAACUCUCCCUUCAUCAACCACUACGACACUCCCUGGGAGCUCAGCAAACGAGACCACCGCACACUGCUCAGGGUUAAAGAAUUGAAGGAUGCAGGUCUGUUUCAGUGUCAGUUCUCACCAGACGGUGGCGCCAGAGACGAGCCGCCCGGCAAACGCCAGAGAACCAACACUAAGGACAACUACGGGCCGUACCAGAACUACCCCCCUAAACCUUACCAUCUCCCUCCCUACCGUAGUGCUACUCCAAACCGUACCCAUAUUAGGUUCAGCCAUGGCCAAGAGAAACCCUGGACUCCUAAACACAAGCUAAAGGAGACCAGAGAGGGGAAACGUGUCACUCCAGCUUCAGCCACGCCCAAAUCCAACAUGGCUGACAGGAACCAGCCGGGGAGUCAGAAAGGGCAGAAGAAGAAACAAUUGAAACCGGCCAAAAACAAAAUGGCCGCCGGCGCAGAUGAGUCUCUGGACUUCCCCCGAGGACAAGGCCCCUCCCCCAAGAGUAAGAAGAAGGGGCACAAGGGCCCUCCCUCCUCGGCCGGAGCCCCUCCCACCUUCCAUCCCAAGGGCUCCGCCUCCCACACCCCCGACCGUCUGUUUGGGGCGGAGAAGAAGAAGAAGCAGAAGAAGAAGAAGAGAGAGAACGGGAGGAACAGGAAGUCUGCUAAGGAGGAGGAGAUGUACCCCAAGGACGAAAACCUGUUCCUCAUCAAACAGAGGAGACCUAGGAGAUAACAUGGAGAGGGAGGGGCAGUGUGUGUUAAGGGUGUGUGAGAAAGUGCAUAUGUCAUACACAUUUUGGCAAAGCUUUCAUGUACAGUACAAAUGUUUGUAUGUGUGUGUGAGGGAGAGCGUGUGUGUGUGGGGGUGAAACUCUUUGAAGGAUUCAUUCUGUUUUAAUAAAAGGACAGGUCUUAGGGACCUAUUAAAGCUG